AUGACUCCUCUCCGGGACCCGAAGGGAACACUCACUGCAUCGAGAAAGGGAAUGGAGAAAAUCAUCUACGACUUCUACUCUGAUCUCUUCGACAGUCAUGUCCACUUGCAUCCUCACCGUCUGAGGGAAGACGGACAUGUCAUUCCAGAGGUUCUCCCGUCCAAAGGACGACAUGCUAUCAUAUCGGAAUGCAAGGUUGCUAAACAGUGGAAGACCAGCAAAACCGUGUUGUUGUACAAAAAGGGAGAUCCACAUGAUAUCGGAAACUAUCGCGCAAUCUGCUUACCGUCCGUCAUCUACAAGCUCUUUACAAGAGUGAUCCCUAAUAGGAUUGAAAAAGUCUUGGAUGAAGGACAGCCAUGCGAGCAAGCAGGGUUUCCAAAAGAAUUCAGCACGAUUGACCACAUUCACACUGUUUCGAAACCCAUCGAGAAGGCCUUCGACUUUGUUGAGACGGAAGCGGUCAUGGAAGCCUUCAACAACCAAGCCCUCCCUAAUCAGUACGUAAAGGUACUUCGAGAGUUGCACAGUAAUUUCACGGCCAAAAUUUCGCCAUUCUACAAGAAUAUCAUCGUUGAUGUGAAGAGAGGGUUCCGACAGGGUGAUACAAUCUCACCCAAAAUAUUCACAGUCACCCUCGAAAAGGCAAUGCGAAAGCUGGAAUGGCGCGACAUCGGAGUGAAGGUUAAUGGUCGGCAGCUACACCAUCUGCGCUUUGCUGAUGACAUCGUACUGAUAGCACCUAGCAUCAGUCAAGCGGGAGGUAUCCUGGCCGAAUUCGACCAAACGUGUGCAUGCAUCGUUCUUCAGCUGAAUCUGCAAAAGAUGAUGAUCAUGCCCAACGGAUGGGUCUCAGAUGCUCCAUUCACGCUCAACGGAGCGAAUAUAUCAGAAUGCACCAGCUACGUUUAUCUGGGUCGCGAAACGAACAUGAUGAACGAGCUGACCCCGGAGCACCGUCAGGACGCCCUGACCGAUCUCGAGUACGCUCACGACGUUGUUAUUUUCGCGGAAUGCAGUACGAAAGUUCAACAUGUUGUCAACCUUGUAUCGAAGCUGGCUGUAGCCUAUAGACUACGUCUACGCCCUAAUAAAUGUAAGCAGAUGUGGAUCUCUUCGAACGGGAAUCAGGGUGGAUAG